AUGGCGAUGAAUUUGGAAAAUAUCGUCAAUCAGGCCACCGCCCAAUACGUGAAAAUUAAAGAGCACCGCGAGCCGUACACCGCCCACUAUAACGCCUUAAAGGAUAAGGUGUACUCGGAGUGGAAGAGUUCUGCAGUUCUAGGCAAGCUGCUCAAGGGAAGCACACUUUGCGGUGGAUAUGGAGAUAAGCUCAAGGUAUCAAUUCCCGAUGAGUUUGACUUGUUGAUCCAUUUGGUGUUUCCCGAAAAUGACAAGAUCAUUGUCAAGGCCGAUGCGAGUAAGCCAGGCAAUGUCAUUCUGGACAUGACCAAGGUGAUGGAGAUUAUCGGGAGUCAGGAGCACAACAAGCCAGUGUUUGAUCGUCUCCAGAAAAUCGUGAACAACAAAAAGCAGCUGCUGGAGGACAAGCUGAACAGCUUCCUAGAGAGCAUAAUGACCCAGACGCUCAACAAAAUGGGCAAUCAGAUCGAGGUGGCAGGCAGGAUUUCGCACCUUCAAUACAAAAAGUGCGGCCCCGCUCACACGAUCUUUGUGAAGGGAUCUUGCAAGUACUCCGUGGACUUUGUUCCGGCCAUUAGGCUUUCAGCAGCACAAGUGGUCUUGGCUCCGGAGCAAAGGAUACAUUUUGGUGAAACGCUCUACUGGGAUGCCAUACCGAAGCCCAUGAAGCCAGCCAAAACUGAUAACACAUCCUUCACAUCGUCCUUUUAUGAGGCAGAGCGCAGACUACUAUACGGCAAGCAGUUCCUCAAGCCCGCCAUCCGCCUGAUGAAGCAGAACCGAAAUGUAAAAAAUAAGGCCAACCUGAAGAGCUACCACAUCAAGACGUUAUUCCUGUGGCAGGUUAUUCAACAGGAUCCCAGUUACUGGAGUAAUUCACCAAAAGAUAUAUUUAUCGAGAUGUUGGGCAAAUUGGCGGACUCACUAGCUUUGACGCCGAAGAAGGGUAAGCUCCCCUUUUUCUGGGACCCCAAACUAGACAUGUUUGCCCAGUUAACCGAUUCCCAGCGAACGGAUUUGUACAACCACUUCAGGAAGUGCGAGUACACCUUUCGCAAAGACAAUGGAAAUGUGAAUGACUGCACCGAAAACAAUGUGCAUAGCUCUUUUAGUAAGAACACCACAUACAAAUUGUAA